CUUCCGGCAUCUUGCACGUUUGUGGCAGGCCCCCGAGGGCACGUUGGGUGACCUUUGUCUCCAGGCUUGUGACUGACACGAGUGCGCACAGCUUCGCAGUAAAGUUGAUGAGCUCUGGACCACAUCGGCCUGUUGCAAGCAGGACCAUUCAUCUCAGUGUGUAUUCACAUAGCUCAGUAAUCCUACUUCUUGAACCACGACCAGGAUUGUGCACACACACAAAAAGAAAUUAUAAUAAUUUGACAGAAUUUUGCUUUGAGGCAGCCACACACGGGCAAACAGGAAAUGAGUUUGCAAGCGGUGAUUGGAAGAGGAGGGACAGAAGAGAACCACCAAUCACCCCUAACUACCAUCACCUGAACUGCCCCACUAACUCUCCCUGUGCUGCGAACCUGACCUGGCAGAGAGAGGAAUACCGGCUCAGCGAUCAUCUGUAUUGUUGUCACACGUCUUGAAUGUCUUUGGAGCUGCUCCGGAUGCUACUUUAAUCGCCACCAUGAAAACUGCGGCUGAGCAUAUAUUUCGGACCUGCAACAGACUUUUCUCUAGAAAAACACCAAAUGACGUUGUGGAGGCCCAUCCGUCAAACAUAGAAACGGCAGCCCAACUGGACAACAUCCAACAUCUCCCGAGCACUUCCCCUCCUCCCAGGGCGGAGGCUUUGAGGGAGUGUGUCCACCAUGUGGAGGCGGUGUUGGAGCGGGCCCACCACGGUGGCGGCUGGCUCCUGUCCGGCAUCAUCUGCAUGAACAUCCUGAUCCUGGGCUGUUCUCUGAUCAGCGGCAGUGCCACCAGCGGGCUCAUUACUACCGUGCACCACCAGAUCUUCCUCAUCGUCCUCCUCCUCCUCACAAUGUUGUGGAUGCUCUUUUACAUGGUCUUCACCUCUCGAAAGGAUCAAGCCUCCUUGUUCAAAGAUGGCCACGCAGGGCCGGUGUGGCUCCGAGGUGGACUUGUGCUGUUUGGCUUGCUCAGUCUACUCAUGGACUCAUUCAAGAUUGUCACCUAUGUGGGCUACCUUCACUGUGAAUCACCUGUUAAAGUUGCCUUCCCGGUUGUGCAAGCUGUAUUCCUGUUCGUCCAGACAUACUUCCUCUGGACUCAUGCAAAAGACUGUGUGCAGCUACAAACAAAUUUUACACGGUGCGGCCUCACUCUCACACUUUCAACUAACCUGGUGGUGUGGAUGGCGGCAGUGACCGAGGAAUCCAUUCACCAAACUGUCAUUCCUGAUUUAAAUAUCAGUGUCUCACACAAGCUGUACAGAGCCAACUUUGGUGAUAGAAAAUGUAAAUGCAGCCACUCCGUGUGUGACACCUUCAAAGAGGCCUUCUACUACCUGUACCCCUUCAACAUAGAAUACAGCCUCUUUGCUUCGGCUAUGGCCUACGUCAUGUGGAAGAAUGUGGGUCGACUUGUGGAGGAUCACAGCCACCACAAUGUUAAGUUUCGUCCGAAGGAUGUGUGUUUUGGUCCCGUGACGGGAAUACUUCUGGUUCUGUCGGGACUCGUAACAUUCAUACUGUACGAGGUGGACAUACUGAAGGAGGACAAGGAGAAGAGGGACAAGGCCUUAAUGAUUCAUUUCAUCACCAAUAUAGUGAUAGUGAGCCUGAUGUCCAUCUCCGCUACGAUUGGCUGCGUUGUCUACAGGUUCGACCGCAGGGAGCAUGUAUCCGAGAAGAACCCCACUCGCAGCUUGGAUCUGGGACUGCUGGUGGGAGCCUCAAUGGGCCAGUUGGUCAUCAGCUAUUUCACCAUUGUGGCUAUGGUGGUGACGGGCGCCAGAGGCUACCUGAACGCCCUCAACCUGGCCUGGGCUGUGCUCAUGGUGCUGGAGCUCGGCCUCCAGAACUACUUCAUCAUUGAAGGCCUGCACCGGGAGCCCUUCUUCAUGAUGCAGGAAGCGGCUCUGCACACGAACGCUCACGCCUUCCACGAACACAUAGAGAUGACCCUUGUGAUGGAGAGCAAUAAGACCAACUACUUCUUGAAUUCAAGUGCGGACAAGCCAAGUUGGAAGAGGAGAAUCCUGAAGGAAGUGUGUGCCUUUCUGCUGCUCGCUAACAUCAUUAUGUGGAUCAUGCCUGCAUUUGGUGCUCGUCCUCAGUUUGAUCACCCCGUGGAGAUCAAAUUCUACAGGUUCACAGUGUGGGCUGCGAUCGUGAAUGUUGGACUCCCUUUUGGAAUCUUCUACCGCAUGCACUCAGUGGCCAGUCUGUUUGAGGUCUACUUAACCUCUUAGAAAUAGGUAGAGCUAAGUAUGGAGGGUAAUUUUAUCAAAGCCAAUGUUAUGUAUUGAAUCAUGAACUUGAACUAAUAAAUGUUUUAUUUAAAAAAAA